AUGCCGAUAAUGCUGCCAUCCGCCCGCGCCGCUGCCCGCCGCUGCUCCUGCGCGUCACCAGUAUCCCCGUCUAUCCUCACCCGUCUCUACCCAAAGUCUCCAACAAAUGCUCGUUUCAACAGCAGCCAGAGCAGCAAAGACUCAGACGGCCCUGCUUGGCCGACAAAGCCGAACCCCACGCCAUACGAAAUCUUCGAUAUCCCCCGAUCCGCCCCGUACAAGAAACACCGCUUCUACCAGCUUGUCAAGCUCUAUCACCCUGAUACGGGCUCCUCGUCUAGUCCGUCCACAUCACAUGAUACUCGGUUAGAACGCUACCGCCUCGUCGUAGCCGCCAACGAUCUGCUCUCCGACCCCGCCAAGCGCAAGCUCUAUGAUAUACACGGCUUGGGAUGGACUGCAGGUGCGGCUCCGGACCGUCAUGAGCGCGACAGAGCAUGGCGCCACGGGCCUAAUUCACCAGCGCGUAAUGCGAACUGGGAGGACUGGGAGGCGUGGCGCGAAGCCCAGAAGAACGGCGGUGCAAAGGCCGAGCCUGUGUACAUGUCCAAUGGACUCUUUGCGCUAGCCGUUGUCUCAGCCUGCUUUAUAGGGUGCAUAGUACAUAUUAACCGCGGACAGGCAAUUGGCGAAGAAUAUGUACAGUACAGCGCACAGAGAAAUGCGGACAUAGGGAAUACCAUGCGCCGGAGCACGCUGGCAUCGGCGGGCAGAUCGAGAGAUGAUCGAAUAGAAGGGUUUCUGAGGGUGAGGGAAAAUACAGCGUUCAACUAUUCGCCAAAGCGGUAUGACGAGAAGAAGGGAGACGAAACCUCAGUUGGGGUAUCUGAGGACUAA